UUGGAGGAGAGGGCUCGUGUUUUACUAAGGAUGUUUAUCCGCAUCGGAGUGGCCGCCUUAUUUGAAAAGAGAGAGAGAGAGAGAGACAGUACCCUCUUCUGUCCCACACGCAUAAACCAACAAAAGCAAGUAGACCAUGAGAGGUGGGUCAGGUGGACAACGUAGUUCUCACUUCUCGGGGCAUAUCAAUAAAUUAAAAUAGUAGAAUCCAAUCAUAUGGAAUUGUCCAUUUAUCGUUGUGAAAUUGGUUCCCCUGUGUUCUCCAAGUUCAAUUUUGAACUGUUUGGUAGAAGAAUAGAAGAUUACCAUGGCUAACUUGGAAAUAGAAGAGGAGCCAAUGCUGUCACCUCCACAACGAUCUCAUGGACUCCAGGGUUCGGAUUUUCGGGCCCGAAGCAGGUCUAUGCACAUUCCCAUGGUCUCCCACCGAGAAGCAACUCGUACACUUGAUAGUGUGAAAACCUUUCCCCAGAAGAAGAGUGCUUCAUCGUCAUUCUAUUCCACUGCCACUCAUGAAACUCUACAUCUUUCUUCGUCCCGCCGCGGCGGUGGCCCACUUAGAUGGCAUCGUGCUAUGACAGGAAGGCUUCAAUAUAAUCCUCUUCAAGCAGAGUUUGAUAGUAUUUUUGAGGGUUCUGCUUGGAGAGUCCCUUCAUUCUGCUCUUCAUGUGUUCCUGGAGUUAUACAUCCUGACAGUGUAAAACAAUGGAACAAGAUUAUAGCUAUUUUAAGCUUGGUGGCAAUAUUUUUGGAUCCAUUAUUUUUCUUCUUAUUGUAUGUUGAAAAGCAUUUGAAUUGCAUUGUUAUCAGUUGGACAAUGACGAGACCACUUAUUUUACUUAGAAGCAUAAAUGAUUUAGUAUAUUUCAUGAACAUGCUUCUCCAGUUUAGGUUGGCUUAUGUUUCUGCCGGGUCAAGGUUAAGGGGUACUGAUUUAAUUGAUGAUCCAAAGAAAAUUGCUCGACAUUACCUGACUAGUUAUUUCUUUCUUGAUUUGUUUAUUGCACUUCCUCUACCACAGAUAAUAGUAUUGUUUGUGCUGCCAAGAUAUUUCGGAGCGAGUCAUGCUGAGAGUCUUUUAUGUGGAGUGAUCCUUGUGCAGUAUAUCCCCAGGUUAUUCCGAUUUUUGCCUCUGCUAAUUGUCCAGUCUCCAGAAGGAUUCAUAUUUGAGUCAGCAUGGGCAAAUUUUUUUAUAAAUAUCCUCAUUUUUAUACUAUCUGGACAUGUCGUUGGCUCUUGUUGGUACCUCUUUGGUUUGCAGAGGGUUAAUCAAUGUUUGCGAGAUGCCUGCCAUAAUUCAGUUGUUACUCAAUGCAUGAAGAUUAUUGAUUGUGGGUAUGACCGUUUCUCACACUAUACAUCAUCAGAUUCAGAAAUGUGGAGAAACAAUGCAAAUGCAACUGCUUGUUUGAAUUCCUCUUCUGGUGCUUUUGAUUAUGGGAUAUACGCCAAUGUUGUACAACUUACUACGCAUCCUAAAAUAGUCAAGAAGUAUCUGUAUGCACUGUAUUGGGGCUUCCAACAAAUCAGUACCCUUGCUGGUAAUCAAACCCCUAGUGAUUUUGAGUUCGAAGUCCUUUUCAUAAUGGCAAUCACAGGAAUAGGACUCUUGCUUUUUGCACUUUUGAUCGGAAACAUACAAAACUAUCUUCAAGCUCUCGGUCAGAGGUUACAGUUUGGUCAGUGUAUUUUCUUCCAUAUUGCUUACAGGACACUAGAAAUGCAACUUAGAGGCCGUGAUGUUGAGCAAUGGAUGAGCCAGUUUCACUUACCAGAAGAUCUUAGAAGGAAAAUAAGACAUGUUGAACGGUAUAAUUGGGCUGCAACAAUAGGGGUGAAUGCGGAAAUGCUUAUGGAGAAUAUGCCAGAAGAUCUCCAAAGAGACAUAAGGCGUCAUCUCUUCAGAUUCAUUAAGAGAGUUCGAAUUUUUUCUAUGAUGGACGAGCCUAUUUUAGAUGCCAUUUGUGAGAAGUUAAGACACAAGAUAUACAUCAAAGGAAGCAAUAUCUUGUAUAAUGGUGGUCUAGUGGAGAAGAUGGUGUUUGUUAUGCAUGGGAAAUUGGAGAGCAUCGAAGGAGAAGAUGGAAUUAGAAUUAGCUUAACCCAAGGGGAUGCUUGUGGUGAAGAACUCUUGCAGUGGUGUUUGGAGAAUUCAUUACUCUACACAGCAAGCAGAAAACCAGAAAAAGUCUUGCGUAGUGAAAGGACAGUAAGGGCCUUAACAAAUGUGGAGGUGUUUUCACUCCGAGCUGAUGACCUUGAAGAAGUAAUAAUUCGUUUCUCAAGAUUAUUUCAAAGACCACGUGUUCAAGCAGCCCUAAGGUAUGAAUCACCUUAUUGGAGAUCCCUUGCUGCAACACGGAUUCAGAUGGCGUGGCGAAACAGGAAGAACCGUUUAAAUCGUAAGCGUGCUGCCUCACAAACAAAUUAGGUUCUAGAUUGCAUUGUAAUAUAUCUGUAAUAUUAUAUGUAGCAACUGUAAUAUGUGCUGCAUAUUAACACAUAACAAGUGUUGCUUUUGCUUGUAUAACUAGAAGAAAUUCAGGUCUAAAAACAAGAGAUGUGGAUAUCCAAAUAAUACUAAGACGGGUCUGAUCAUGUAUGUUGAAUUCAUUGAACUCGUGCCACAUUUUUCAAGCAAAAUUUAACUAUCAUGAUUCAUCAGUCAUGACCAUAGCAGCUCUUUCUACCGAAGGUUAACUGACUCCAGCUUUUAUGGGAAUGAAUUGGUAAGUAAAAAAUAAUUUUAAUUUGCAUGUUUUUAUAUCAUAUUUAAUUUUUUUUUAAAGCAUUCAUAUGAUUUUUACUUAGGUUCAAAUGUAUAUAGUUCAAGAAUAUAGUUUGCAAAUAGCUAACACUUGAUUCAUCCAGAUAAAUGCAUCAGAGGAUGAACACCCUGUAAUUUAUGUCACAAACAACUUGCCAUUUAUGACUCAUUGCGAGGACUCGGUUCGUUUUUUUUAAUCCAAAAUGCAUAAAUUGCAGUAGAUGGUUGCGAUUUAUGACUAAUGCUAAAAAUUGUACUGCGAGGUGUUUGUUGAAUUCAAAUUUUGUGUAUAAAGCGCACUUAUCGGGUA